GUUUUUCUUUUUAUAGUGACGUGUCGUGCCGCAUAAAAGAAAAUAUAAUGAAAAAUCCAAUAAUUUUAAUAUUUGCCUUUAUUGUUGCUGCAAAAGCACAGGGAAAUACGCUCGUACUACUAGACAAUCAAGUAAUUAAAGAAACUCAUUCAAUUUUCUUCAAAUCCUUGCAAGAUAGAGGCUACACCCUAACAUUCAAAAUCGCAGAUGACUCUUCCCUAGUUCUCUCAAAAUACGGCGAAUAUUUAUACGAAAACCUCAUCAUCUUUGCACCAUCUGUAAUCGAAUUCGGUGGCAAUUUAAAUGUAGACACCAUCACCCAAUUUAUCGAUAACGGUGGCAACGUUUUGGUUGCUGGAAGCGAAAGUACCGGAGACAUACUCAGAGAGUUGGCAUCUGAAGUUGGCUUUGAAGUAGAUGAGGAAGGUGCUUUUGUCAUUGACCACUUAAAUUAUGAUUCAUCUGACGAAGGACAACACACAAAAUUGGUUGUUUCUUCUGAAAAUCUCAUAGAUGCUCCUGUUAUAGUUGGAAUUAAAAAAAAUAUUGCACCAAUUCUGUAUCAAGGAACUGGAAUUUUGGCUGAUUCUGAAAACCCUCUUGUUUUGCCAUUGUUAACUGCAGACAGUACUGCUUAUAGCUACCAACCAGAUCAAGCCAUUAAAGAGUAUCCUCAUGCCAUAGGCAAAGACACUGUCCUUAUUGCUGGAUUACAAGCAAGAAACAAUGCCAGAAUUGUAUUCAGUGGAUCUCUGUCCUUCUUUUCUGAUGAAUAUUUCACUAGUCCAGUAGAAAAAGUUUCAGGCGAUUUAAAAUCAGCAAAAUCUGGCAAUGAAGAUGUUGCAGUUGCUAUCAGCCAAUGGGUAUUCAAAGAACAUGGUAGACUGAGAGUUAAAGCUGUACAACACCAUAAAGCUGGCGAAAAUGCACCUCCACAUGACUACACCAUAAUGGACGAUGUUGUGUACAAAAUUGGAAUUGAAAUCUACGAUAAUGGCAAGUGGAAGCCUUUUUCAGCCAAUGAUGUUCAGUUGGAGUUUGUGAGAAUCGAUCCAUUUGUUCGUACCACAUUAAAAAGCAACGCCAAUGGAGUUUAUGAGGCUAAAUUCAAAAUACCAGACGUUUAUGGUGUUUAUCAGUUCAAGGUGGAUUAUGAUAGAGUUGGAUUUACUAGACUUUAUAGUACUACACAGGUAUCAGUGAGGCCGCUACAACAUACCCAAUAUGAAAGGUUCAUUGACAGUGCUUAUCCUUAUUACACAAGUGCUUUCUCAAUGAUGUUGGGAUUGUUUGUGUUUUCCAUUGUGUUUUUGCACAUGAAGGAUGAUGAGAAAAAGUCAAAGAAUGAAUAAAUAAGACUGUGUUUUUUUCAUAAUAUGUAGAUUGUUCAUUAAUAAGAUAAUUUGAAAUGUUAAUAAAAUUGUUUCAAAGUUUUCU